UAUUCCGUUGGUGGGAUAAGUUACGAGGCUUGCCAAACCCCACGUGACAAGAUAUAAACCAUUGGUCGUGCAGAUUGCGCCCCGCUCCCUUCUCCGUGCGCGGCGCCGGUGUCCCUCCGCCGUCGACGGUACUUUCUCUCUCUCUCUCUCUCUCUCUCUCUCUCGGCAUGAUCCAGGAACAAGAGCAUUGCGACUGAAUCAUAAUCUGCAUAGGUUUGCUCGAAUGUCUACCGCACAGCCUCUGAAGAAGUUAGUCUCGGGCGUUGUCCUUGAUUUGGAUGGCACUCUUUUGAACACAGAUGGCAUCGUAAGUGAGAUUUUAAAAGCAUUCUUGGUUAAAUAUGGAAAACAGUGGGAUGGUAGAGAAGCUCUAAAAAUAGCAGGGAAGACACCCUUUGAGUCUGCGGCUGUUAUAGUUGAAGAUUAUGGACUUCCUUGUGCAACAGAAGAAUUCAUCUCUGAAAUCACUCCAAUGUUUAGUAAUCAAUGGUGCAAAAUUAAGGCACUUCCAGGUGCCAACCGGUUAAUAAAGCAUAUGAGACGGCAUGAAGUACCAGUGGCACUGGCAUCUAAUUCUCCAAAAGAAAACAUUGAAACGAAGAUUUCUUAUCAUCAAGGUUGGAAGGAGUCAUUUUCUGUCAUCAUUGGGGGUGACGAAGUGAGGAACGGAAAACCAUCUCCUGAAAUAUUUCUUGAAGCAGCUAAUAGAUUAAAGAUCGAAUCUUCUAAUUUGCUGGUUAUUGAAGAUUCUUUACCAGGUGUUACUGCUGGCAAGGCUGCUGGAAUGGAAGUUGUUGCUGUGCCAUCCCUUCCCAAACAGAAUCACCUUUACAAUUCGGCCGAUGAGGUCAUCAACUCACUACUUGAUUUACGACCUGAAAAGUGGGGCUUGCCUCCAUUUCAAGAUUGGAUCAAGGGUACUUUGCCAAUAGAACCAUGGCAUAUCGGUGGCCCUGUCAUCAAGGGAUUUGGUCGUGGCUCCAAAGUACUUGGGAUUCCAACAGCUAAUCUAUCAACAGAAGAGUUUUCAGAUCUACUCUUGGAACAUCCCUCCGGAGUAUAUUUUGGUUGGGCUGGACUAUCAGCCAGAGGCAUCUAUAAAAUGGUCAUGAGCAUCGGUUGGAAUCCAUACUUUGACAACAAGGAAAAGACAAUGGAGCCCUGGUUGUUACACAAGUUCAACGAGGAUUUCUAUGGAGAGGAACUGCGUCUCAUCAUCCUCGGCUAUAUACGACCAGAGGCGAAUUUCCCGUCACUCGAGAGCCUAAUAGCAAAGAUCCACGAGGAUGGGGAGAUCGCGGAGAAAGCCCUCGAUUUGCCGUUGUAUGCCAAGUACAGGGACGACCCAUAUCUGAAAAUGUCUUGACAACAGUCAUUUUUCCAAUUCGCAAUUAUAGUGUAGACGACUGUAUCCUAUUUGUCGGAACAAAUACUGAAACCCAUUUCGCGAGAUUGCGAGGACCACUAGGUCCUCAUUCUGAUCGAGAGCGCUAACAUCUUGUAUCCAUGAAACAGAUGGUCAUCUCAUGCCAAUCAUAAUAAUUGAGGUACAGGCAAUUCGAUUGAGACAUUGUUUCUGCAACUUGGAAACUGGUUUGGAGACAUUGGAAUCCAGCGCUUAGAUUUUCGUAAGAUUGUUUCCUUUUCAGCAAAGCUUUUGUGUGUGUGUGUGUGUGUUUUUGAUAGGUGAAGGGAAAGCUGCAAUUAUUGCA